AUCGAUUACAGAUUCUAUGUUGAUGUAAUUAUCCGGUGACGAUCAAAUGCCACCACGUGUCACCGUUGAUGCUCGCUAAAUUCAUCCAGAUAGCCCUCAAUUUUCCCUCCACUACUGCCUCAUCCCAUCCCUAUCCACACACACACACACCCCUGCGUAUUUUCUGUGUCACGUUUCGUUUCCUCGAAUCGCGGUCCAACUAUACCAGAUAAUAUUUGUUGCCAUGGAUCACGCGGCGGAUGCUCACCGUACGGAUUUGAUGACCAUAACGCGCUAUGUGUUGAACGAGCAGUCCAAGCACCCGGAAUCGCGCGGAGACUUCACCAUCUUGCUUAGUCAUAUUGUUCUCGGCUGCAAAUUCGUUUGCACUGCGGUUAACAAGGCUGGUUUGGCCAAGCUCAUAGGACUUGCCGGAGAGACCAAUGUGCAGGGGGAAGAGCAGAAAAAACUGGAUGUGCUCUCAAAUGAAGUCUUUGUCAAGGCCUUAGUCAGCAGUGGCCGGACUUGCAUCCUUGUCUCCGAAGAGGAUGAAGAGGCCACAUUUGUUGAUCCAGCCCUGCGUGGAAAGUAUUGUGUUGUGUUUGACCCGUUGGAUGGAUCAUCCAACAUCGACUGUGGUGUUUCUAUUGGAACUAUCUUUGGGAUUUAUGCAAUCAAUGACGGAGUUGACCCAAAGAUAGAAGACGUCUUGCAGCCUGGGAAGAAUAUGGUAGCUGCAGGCUACUGUAUGUAUGGAAGCUCUUGCACGCUUGUUCUUAGUACUGGAAAAGGAGUUAAUGGGUUCACACUCGAUCCAUCUCUUGGUGAAUUCAUAUUGACUCACCCAGAUAUUAAGAUUCCCAAGAAAGGAAAAAUUUAUUCUGUCAAUGAAGGAAAUGCCAAGAAUUGGGAUGCACCAACCGCAAAGUAUGUGGAAAAAUGCAAGUUUCCCCAAGAUGGAUCGCCAGCAAAAUCUCUGAGAUACAUUGGAAGUAUGGUAGCUGAUGUCCACCGCACUUUGCUCUAUGGAGGCAUCUUUUUGUACCCAGCUGAUAAGAAAAGCCCAAAUGGCAAACUACGGGUACUCUAUGAAGUCUUCCCUAUGUCGUAUCUGAUGGAACAAGCCGGUGGACAAGCAUUUACGGGGAAACAAAGGGCACUCGACUUGAUUCCUACAAAGAUACAUGAGCGUUCACCGAUAUUCCUUGGUAGCUAUGACGAUGUCGAGGAGAUCAAAGCCUUGUACGCUGCUGAAGGGAAAAAAUAAAGAAGUUGUAAUUCUACUUUUCAAUUACCAAGUUUGCAGAUAACUCAUAUCUGUAGUGAUACAUAAUAUUCUUUAGAAUAUAGUUUCAGUUGGCUCCUCUA